AUGUCUUCGCAUAACCGUGAGGGUUCCCGCGAUCGGGAGCUGGUCCUCAGCAGACACCAGACUGUGCCCAUGUGGGACAGUUCUGAUCCAGAGCGGGCACCACCACCACUACCAUUGAACCCUGGCUCGACGAGUCCGGUAACCAAAGCAAAUGUCUCCCCAGGUAUCCAGGCGGUAGCAGCAAACUUCACAGAAAAGAUGCGCGAGAACUCCCCCAGCCCAUACACUACCAACCCUAUGACGCCUAAGUCACCAGAGAAGUCCCUCAUUAAGGGCCAAUUCCACAAGCGGAUGCAGUCGCUGCAGAACACCGAUACGCGCUCAGAAUUCUUGAACUACCUGGAGAACCGGUCACCAGAGCGCCCACUGCGCGCAUCAUUUUCUGAUCAAAGCCCAAAACAGUUUGAGAAGAGCGCACUCAAGGCUGAGAGUCCGCAAGAUCAAGAGAACUCAGAAGAACCUUCGAGUCUACUCAUCUCUAACCGCUACCUUUCUAGGCCGCUCUUUGGCGAAAGUACACCUCCUUCUGCUACAAUGCUUGCUCUACAGAACAUGCAAUUACCUCCUGAAAACGAGGCGCAGGUAAACACCAAAGAUGUCGAUCCGCCUUCAGAGCCCAAACCUGCGCAGUCCAGUAGCUUCGAAUUUUUGUCGAACCAAAUCCUCAGCCUCACAGAUAUCGCCAGCAAUCUCCAGCGCGAGAUGUCGCAGCUGAGUCGACGGAGCAAAGACAAUGCUACGGAUUUAGUCAGCCUCAAAGCUGCAACUAACGCCCGCGACGAGGACAUUCGGAAAAGCCUUCGUGAUUUGUCCUCGAACCUGGCUUCCAAGUUCCUGGACGGUGACACUGCCACAAGUUCUCCAAACUCGAAGAAGAGUCACUCUGUCCCGAAAAUGCAAAGCCCUAAUCCUUUCGUUGCGGCUAUGGAACGUGAAUUUACCGCUUCUCCUGGCCCUAUGACAGACGGAUCUGCUAGUAUCGCCCUGUUAGAGAAGGUUCUGCGAGAGAUGGCAACAAAGGAAGGACAGGAAAAACUCUUAGAGCUCGUGGACGAACUCAAAGCUCGCCCAACCUCCGAUGAUUCCAGCAAGAGCGUCGACAACACGGUGACGAAAAUGCUGGAGGAAAUCCUCAAUAUCGUAAAACAGGACUCCGGAACCAAGGCUCUCGUGCGCUCGCGAAACGCAGGUCCUGACCUAGAUAUGAAUGCCACCUCUGCACGGUCUGUCGACUCGGAGCAGGGCUUUGCACGCGACAUGGGCGUUAUGCACGGAAACCACCCACGUGUCGUCAACCGUUCUACAUCUGAAGGGCAGAGCUCCACUACGAACGAAAUGAUGGAUAUAAUGAAACGUGUCAGAAGCAGUGUCAUUGAAGGGGGUGGAAUGACAAAUGAGGUGAAGGCUCUAGUGCGAGAACUCCGUGGAGAAGUUCUGGGAAUGGGUAGAAACCUAGCCAGCAAGUUGGAGGACGCUGAGCGUACUCGAGCUAUUGAGGACACACCCAGAGGGCCCGGGCCCGACGAAAUCGCCCAUAUCAUCGACGGCAGCCUACAGGACCUUCGCUCUCAUUUGAGCGCCAUUAUGAACGACAACAAGCAACAUUCCUCUGCGCUUAACGAAUUACGAGCUGCUAUGGACGGCGCCGAAAUAUACUCGGUCGUCCAGAAGGCUUUGGACCAUUCUAGCAUGGCUCAGCUCCGUGAUGAGCCGGAAGGUGCUCGGAUGCAAAAGGAGGACAUCCUCGAAGCAGUCCGAGAGGCCUGGGAGACGUAUAAACCGGAAAUUGAGCUGCAGAACUUCGGUCUUGAGCGAGAUGAGAUCCUUGAGUGUCUCUCGGAGGGUCUCAAAGCCUACCAACCACAGCAUGAGCAAGCUGUUACGUACGACCAGGUCCUGGCGGCGGUUCAGGCUGGAAUACAACAAUUCGAGCAGCCUCCGGCAAUUACAAAAGACGAAAUCGUCCACACUAUUCAAGAGUGUCUCCAGCAUUCUCAGCCUCGUUCUUUGGAUGAUGAACAGCUGGCUGUCAUUCGAGACGAAGUACUACACGCAGUCACUGAAUCCAUGACAUCUCAGAGUGCCCUUACAAGAGAUUCUUUCGACUCGGGUCUCGGGCGUGAUGAGAUUCUGAGCGCCGUGUCUGAUGGGAUUGGAGCACAUAUGCUCUCAGGAAAGGGUCACGACCACCCAUCAAUUACAAAGGAAGAUGUCACCCACAUUAUCAACGAGGCUUUCUCCUCCCAGCAGCCUGUCCUUUCUCGAGAAGUCGAACCAACCAUUUCCCGCGAUGAAAUUCUCAACGCCAUUACAGAAGGCCUCGACAGUCAAAACUCAAUUCCCAGGGAAAUUGAACUGAACAAAGAGGAUCUGAUGGAAGCUAUCACUUCAGGUCUCAACGAGGUAACUGCGAACGCCAAUCACGGUCUAAGCGAAGAAAUCAUGGAGCGACUUCAAGAGCGACUUGACGAGUUCAAGGCGGAAGUGAAACAGCGAUCCCCCGUACCAGAUGCAGACACAGAACAGGCCCUGAAUUCUAUCAAUGAAAGCAUUACCGUUUUGCGCCAGGACGUUGAAGGGUAUGCCACGACUGCGUCAGAGGCAUCUGGGAAGUACGAGAUCCUGGAUACGGUCAAGGAAGGCUUCCGCCUACUCCAGGCAGAUUUGGAGAAGACGAUAACGGAAAACGCUAUUGUGAACAGAUCUGUGGGCAACCCGGACACGCCUGAGCUCCUCGACGCCAUGGAAAAGGAGUUCGAACACCUCCGCCAGACUUUGAGCUCUUUGCUUCGAAGCAAUCCUUCGGGGGAUAAGGAAGAAAUCCUCGAUGCUAUUCGAGAUAUCUCUGAAAGCCAUAAACCCGAGAAAGACGAUAGUAUCUCGAAUAUGAUACAGCGCGAGUUCGAAAGCCUGCGUGAGUCUUUGACGAUGAGUAUCGUUCCUGCAGAGCAGAAGAGUGAAAAGGAUGACAUUAUCGCCGCUGUUCAAGCUACUAUGGAAUCAUUCCAUGCGGAAAAGAGUCAGACCACCAGGGAUAUUCCCGAUAUGCCUGAUAAGGACGACAUUAUCGCUGCUAUCCAUGCCACUCUAGAAACUUCUCGUGAGGAGAGAGCUGAAGUCAAGGACACGAUUGACAAGGACGAGAUUAUCACAGCCGUCCAAGCGACUCUCGAGGCUUUCCACGAGGAGAAGAGCCAAGUCAAGGAUAGUACCGACAAAGACGAAAUACUCAACGCUAUCCGUGAGAUCUCAGAGAGUCGCAAGGCGAGCAACGAUGAAGAUAUCUCCAAGAUAGUCCAGCAGGAGUUUGCAACCCUACGUGAUACACUGAUGAGUAGCGUUGUUCCGGCGGAGCAAAAGAGCGAUAAGGAUGAUAUUAUAGCUGCUGUUCAAGCUGCCUUGGAAUCUUUCCACGAGGAGAAGGAUCAGACCAGGGACAUCGGUAGUGAGAGCGCUCCCAACACAGACCUCAAGGACGCAUUCCACGAUGGCGUUGGUAUUCUUAAAGAAGACCUUGCAAAACUUCUCGAGCGACCAGCCGAGCUCAACCACUCAGAGCUCCUUGACACGCUAAGGGAUGGCCUAGGCGGCCUUAAAGCUGAAGUCGAAGCGCUCCGCCAGUCCCAGACAGCGUCGGAGGGGAACACUGGCUCGCGAGAAUUGACGCUUGCCGAUGAACCCGGCAAGGAAAGUGACAUUGAGUCACUCAGAACUCUUAUUUCCCAGAUUCAAGUCAAGGUCGACGCUAUCGAAGCCGCUCCACGAUCUCCGGAUUUACCCGAGGACAUGCUAAAGAGGGAGCAUAUGGACGAGGUUUUGGUAGGACUGCACGAACUUCAGAGCUCUGUGGCUGGCAUUGUCGCUCGUGAGAAUCCUGCGGCUGAAACAUCCGCUAAGAAGGAGGACACCGACGCCAUCGAGACACUCCUUCGAAAUACGAAAUCUCAGCUCGACGAGAUGGUGUUCCCCGCGCCUGAUGAGAUAGCGCGUGCUGAACAACUAGGAAACCUCGAAGAGAUUGUCAAGGAAACCAAGGAUGUCGUCACCGAAGUUUAUGGCCGCCUUGAAUCCGAAUGUCCGACAAAGGCUGACAUCGGUACCCUGGAAACACUCUUGAAGGACAUGUGGCUUGCUCUCGAUGAAUCUAAGAGCAAAGAAGGCGAAAAAGAAGGAGAGGGGGAGGAAGACGCCCAGAGGAGCAUCGAGACUGAGGCUGAGAAAUUGGUCAAAUCAGACUUGCAGACAGUCGAGGCUAUGAUCUUUGAAGUCAAAACUCAAGUCGAAGAGCUCAAGCUGCCAGAUGUCGAAGCCCUCCCCACGAAGAGCGAAAUUCAGGAGAUCGCUACUCUUAUGAACGAGUUCAAAGAGAAGUUGGAGGCCGACCAGGAGCUAACUGGGCAAGGAUUCGAAGCACGAAAGAUCGAACACGCUGGUUUAGCUGAGAGGAUCGAAGAGGCUAAGACUGUUGUCGAGGGCCUCGGGGAGGAGCUCAAAAGCAAACUCGACGGCAGCCACGAAGGACUUUCAGAGCUCAAACAACUCCUGGAGGGCCUCGCCACCUCUGCGGAAAGCUUCACCACUGUUGAGAAUGUCAAUGAGCUCACUGAGCUCAUCAACCGCGAGUUUGAGCGUGCACGCGGUGAACAGGAUGCCACCAAACUCGAAAAAGAGGAGCGAGAUGCUGCUGUCCUUGUUAAGCAUGAUGAGACAAAGGCCGCUAUUAUCGUUGAGCUCGGUAAUAAAAUUGACGAGAAGCUCAGUGAGAUCAUCGCCAAGUAUGAUGAAGCCCAAUAUUCGGUGGAUAGCAAGUUCACAGAAGCCGCCGAGCGUGGCAAUGAGCACCUUGAAGCCGUGACAAAUACGAAAUCUCUGGCAGAAGAUAUCAAACUUGUCAUCGGCUCCAUGGGCGACAGCGUCAAUGAGGCAUGUGAGCGGAUGAGCGCCGAUGCGAAGACAUUCUUCGAGAAAGUCGAUGUCUCGUACAACAAGAUGGAGGAGAUGCACAACGAGGUCAAAACACAGCAAGAGCAGGCGCGGUCUGACGCUGAACGGGCGGCUGCUGCUACUGAGCGUGUUGAGACCAAGCUACACGAGUUCCAUCCUCAGGUUCUGGAAUCUAUUCAGCAAAUCCUUUCUAUUGUCGGUCAACAUUACGACCACGCCAAAGAAACUGCACAAGACCUCAAGAUGGAUCUAUCCGUCCUCCCCACAACCAUUCCUCAAAUGCUGCCCGCUUUACCGCCCCCCGAGUCGGAAAAAUACGAUGACAGAGAACUGCACGAGAAAUUGAACAACAUUAUGGAGCACUCGAAGGGCAGCCAGGUUCAAGAUACGCUCAAUGUUCUGAUUGAGCGUGUUACCUCUGAUCAAGUGCACGAUAAACUGGAUCAGCUCCUAAAUAAAACAUCCAGCACCAACGGUGAAAUUUAUGCGAAGAUGAAUGAACUACUUGGCCAUGCGGCGAAAGGUCCAAUUCACGAUAAACUCGACACGCUCAUUGGCCAUGCGACAAAUACCGACCAAUCCGUCCACCAGAUGAUGAAGCUUGACGAGAUGCACAAGGAUAUUAUGGACACAUCACGCAAAAUGAACGAGAUGCUAACCGCACAAUCAGCUCUUGUGGCGGAGGACACUGAACGCAGGCGCAAGGAGGCUGAAGAGGCCGCCGUUGCUCUAGAGCGCAGAACGGCACAGCGAGAACAGAUUGAGGCAGAAAUCCUCAAUCUCAAGGAUGAAAAGGAAUCUAUGCUAGCCAUGAUUCAAAGACUCAAAACCGAGAAAGACGGACUUGCUGCCCAUAAUGCUAAGCUCAACAAGGAAGUGUCCGGUCUGGAAACUGCUCUCGAGCUGCGUCACGAAGAGAUGCAAGUCAUGGAAGAGCGUGCCGACAGCUUGGAGAAACGAAUCCUGGAGGGUGUGCUUGAUCAUGCUCGUACUGUUCUUCUUAACCGACCCAGCAGCACGCACAGUUUAUCUAUGAAGAAGGUACGCGGUGGCACACGAGCCCGUAAUUCCAGUGUUUCAAGCACUACAAGCACCGCCAAGGGUGCUCCCAGCGUUCUCGGCAGCAGCAUUGGACUGGCAAUGAAAAAGCGAGCUCAGGCGGCGUCACAGACAACAUCUAGCGCUGCACCAGCCGCGAAUAAGGAAAGGAGAAUACUCAGUCUCAGUCACGUUACGGGGAACCGUGGGUUAGCGGACAGGCAGUCAGGCACACCCAGCGGUCUUACGAAUCUCAAGCGGAGCCAGUCGGUCAAAUCCAACUUCUCUUACCGCAAGUCUUCAUGGGGUGGUAGGAGCUCAGUGGCCAACAAAGAGAAUGACUUCCCUGAAGUCUUCCCUGAAGAAGAAGAGAAUCGAAGCGAAGAUGGGAGUGAUACCGGGACGGAAAGGAGGACGAGCUACACGGGAAGCUACGCCGACAGCAUGUCAUACGGCCCAGGAAGUGUUGUCUCAACGAAUCGGCAGGUCAGCACAACCAGCACUACCACCGGGACGGUCACUACCAGUCCGCAGUCCGCUAUAGAUGAGGAUGAUGAAGGUGAAGAGGACCGAACGACGGAGAGAGAUGAAAAUGACGCCCCGGAGGAAGAUGUCAAGGCAGAUGAGCCUGAGGACAAUCCGCAAUAUGAGGAACUAGAUGCAGAGGCAUCUAAAAUGGUGCUUUAUGCGCCUCCUAGUGACAGCGGACUUGGCUCAGAGAUCACGAGCACAGCGGGCUGA